AGUUAAAAGAGCAGCUCCUGGCCCGUGCAUCACAAGUGGAGGAAAUAGAACGUUUAAAGCAAGAAUUUGAACAGCAACGACAGCAAAGGAAAAGUGAGCAUGAAACUGAAUUAGAACAAUUGAGACUUUAUUUUGAAAAGAAAUUGAGCGUAGCUGAAGAAAACUACAGAGAGGAGCUGACUUUGCUGCAUCAGAGACUGCAAGAACUGAAGGAAUAUUCAUUGUUGGAGUCAGAUGUGAGCCAGGAUCAAGCAGUGGAUAUCAGUUCCUCUGUCACAGUUUUUGAAGAGACAACUGAAAAAGAGAGGAGAGUCAUACUUGACCAACUAAAUCAACAGCUGGAGCAACAUAAGGAAGAACUUGCCUGUUUGCGAGUGCAGCUCAAAGAACAGCAUAGGUGUGAAUUAGAUACCUUAAGGUCUUCCCUUGCACUUCAGUAUAAGGAGGACCUAAUGAAAAUGAAGAUGGAUCUUUCGGACAAAUAUAUAAAAGAAAUUGAGGAAAUGAAGAAAAAGCAUUGUCUAGAACUUGAGCAGCUCCGCGCUAGACUUUCAGAAGAACAUAUCAAAG